AUGUCUGUACCAAGAUUUCAAAAAAUAAACUUUGGAACAUAUGAUAAUUACAUUCCAGUUAGUGAAUUAAGCAAAAAAUCAUGGAAUCAGCAACACUUUGCCUUGGCAUUUCCCAAACCACAGCGACCAGGAAUGAAAAGGAGAUCAUUACCUUCUCAAAUACGAGACAAUACAGCUCCUAAAAUUGAUGAAGAUGAAUUAAGAGGUCGUAAAAGACCAUUAUGGAUGUACCGUUCCUUAAUGAAAAUUUCUGAGAGACCAUCUGUUUACUUAGCUGCCCGGAGGCAGCCUCCGCAAAAACCAACUCGUCCCUCCAAGGGAGAGUCUAAAGAAACAGGUGCAGCGAAAACUGUGUCCCCAGAAAAAGAUAAGAAAGGGAAAGGAGAUAAAAAAGUGGAGAAGGACUCAGCAGAAUCAGAAUCAGAAGUUAAAAAAGGAAAGAAAGCUUCAAAGAAGGGCAAGGAUUCAACUACAGAAUCUGAAGGUGAAAAAGGUGAAAAAGGUGCAAAGAAAGAAUCCAAAAAAGGUAAAAAAGAUGCAAAGAAAGGCAAGGAUUCAGCUACAGAAUCUGAAGGUGAAAAAGGCGCAGAGAAAGAACCCAAAAAAGAUAAAAAAGAUGCAAAGAAAGGCAAGGAUUCAACUACAGAAUCUGAAGGUGAAAAAGAUGCAAAGAAAGAACCCAAAAAAGGUAAAAAAGAUGCAAAGAAAGGCAAGGAUUCAACUACAGAAUCUGAAGGUGAAAAAGCUGAUGCAAAGAAAGAUUCCAAAAAGGAUAAAAAAGGGUCAAAGAAGGGUAAAGAUACAACUACAGAAUCAGAAACUGAAAAAGUGGAUGAAAAAAAGGAUGACGGAAAAAAAGAUGAAAAGAAAGGGGAAGAAUCAAAGGAUGCCAAGAAGGAGAAAGGAGAUAAAAAGAAGGAGAAAAAGGAUAAGAAAGAUGAAAAGAAGUCCAGUGGUACAGACAUUGAAUCAAAGGGUGAUUCCAAGAAGGAUGCCAAGAAAGAUGCCAAGAAAAAGACUGAUGCAGACUCUGCUGAUGCAAAAAAGGAUAAGAAGGCUGCAAAGAAGGACGCUAAGAAGGGCAAGUAG